AUGUCCGUACUAUCCCCUCCCCCCUCUACCGUGACCCCUCCUCCGAGUUCAACUUGCGAAAGCUUUGACUUCAAUACUGGCUAUCUUGCUCCUCCUGUUAUCUCCUCUCUCAACCUCUCCGCUAUCUCGGACACCAGCUCUGAUGGCGGUCCUCCGACUCCUCAUGCUUCAAUCACCAAAUCACCGACCCCUUCCAACUCUCCUCGCAAGGUCCGCCCUCUCACUGCUUUCAACGACAAUGUGCACCUUAUCUCGGGUGACAUUCCUUCCCAAGUCUGUGAUCUUUUCGCCAACGCCACACCCAUGCCUCCUCUCCCCCUCUUAUCGACUCCUACCUCGGAUGGUGUCGCAACUUCUCCCAGGCUCAGCCCGCCGCAGUACGCUUCCACCUGCUCUGAUAUCCUCAAAUAUGGCUUCAGUUACAUUGUCAAUCAUCUCGCCCUUGAGGAGUUUGCCGAAAAGGACAACGCCUGCGGUACUGCAUUCAAGGAGAUCUUCACCCUGUACUCCCGGUCGAUGGGUCACCUCAACGCCGACGAAGCUCUGAAGGCCGCAACACUUUACGGUUUUGGUCCUAGUACUACUGUUCCCGCGCUCUUCUGGAGCGACCUUCCUCGCUUUGACAUUGCUGUCAACAACCUUGCGCUCAUGCAUGAGAAUCCGACAAAUGCAUUCAUCGAAAACAUCCGCGAAAACACAUCCGACCUGCGCAACAAGCUCCACCGCCUCGGCGCCUUUGUUGGCUGGCUUCCCAUCCGCAUCGGCGACAACAUCGAAGAGCGUGACAGUCGUGAAUUCCGCGACCGUUACCUCGCCAAAUGGUCGGACAUUGUCGACUCCAAAACGGCGUUUUUCUUCUCCGACUGGAGCUCCGAGUGGCUUGUCGACGAAAUGGCCAUGCCGUACUCCAUCCCCCAGACCUCCCUCAACAAGCCUCUCGCUGAUGCGCUUGAGCCACUUGGAGACCUGCACUCGUUCACAGCCGAGAUGGACAGUCGCGACGUGUUCGGCAGCGCCACUGUACCUUCCCUCGACAGUUCGUUUGGUUCCACCAUCGUCCGCCGUCGUGACCCCAUUCCGUCCUUCGACGAACCCCAGCUGCCAGUGUCAUUUAUUGCACCUCUUAACACUGGCAAGAAGCUAGUGGCGAAGAAGAAGGGCUUUCCCUCGGCUCCAUACCCCUCCCCGCCCACUUCAGACGCCCACAAGCUCCGCCAUUCGGUCAGCACCCAGCUCCACACGUCACCCACGCCACUCACUGUGCAGAAGCCCAACAUGGGACUCGCAAUGGCCGACAUGCCCUUGGACGACUCAAAUGGCAUCCGGACGGCUUCCACCUUGGGUCCCUCUGCCAAGCUCGGGCUCGUCGACUAUCUGGGACACGUUGUGCAGAAGCGGACUCCGAGCCCCGUGAAGCAGGGUACUAUCGGUCGCAACGCCUCGACCCGGUCCGACAUUCGCUUCCGCAUCGAUGAUGACGAAAAGAUCGUCGAAACCCUCCAACCCCAGUCGUGGCGCAACGCUCCCGGCGUUACCACCAAGUGGCCCCCCACCAUGUCCCACGCCAAGUGCAUGUCUGGCCUGAGGCACAAGGAAUCGUUCCGCGACCUCGGCGAGCUUGGUGCCACCACCGUCAGCCAUGGCAAGGACUACUGGGCAAGCUCGCUGGGACGGUCAAAGUUCCCCUUUGCCAACGACCCAGUGGAGCGCCGUUCCAUGACCAUGGCAAACUCGAGGCGCAGCUCCAGCUCCCGCGGACCCAUUCCCACGUUUACCGCCCAGGAAGCGCAUGCCACCGACCUGCCCACCGCUACCACCCGUACCCUGUCCACUCGUUUCUCAACCACCAACCUCCACGCCCCAGACUCCACGGCCACCAUGCGUCUCGGAACUCCGUCGACACCCACCACCCGGCCCCGCCCUCUUCGCACUAGCAAGAGCAUAAACGUCCUCGACGCCAGCAAGUAUCUCCGCCAGCCCAAGGUCGAGCCCCAGUCGGACUCGGAGGAGGGAUGUCUCACCGGCAACGAGGCCGACGACGAGGAGAUGGCUCGCCCCUCGAACCCAACGCCCAGGGCAUCUCGUCGCAGGAUCAACACCGACAAGCGUUGGGAGGAGGGGGAGAAGUUGGACUCGGUCAAGAGGCUCACCAAGAAGAGGAGCAAGUGGACGCUUCCUGAGGGCUACCCCGCCAUGCCCAAGCCUACUUUCCUUUUCUCUGGCUCCGAGGUCAAGUGA